GCGAUCCUCCUUUUCCACUAGAUCGCCAUCAUGGGUCGUAUGCACGCUCCCGGAAAGGGCUUGUCCCAGUCAGCGCUGCCAUACAGACGCAGUGUGCCAACAUGGCUGAAACUAACAUCCGAUGAUGUCAAAGAGCAGAUUUUCAAGCUGGCCAAGAAAGGCCUGACUCCAUCUCAGAUUGGUGUGAUCCUGAGGGACUCCCAUGGUGUUGCCCAGGUGCGCUUUGUCACCGGCAAUAAAAUCCUGAGGAUCCUCAAGUCCAAGGGUCUGGCCCCUGACCUCCCUGAGGACCUGUACCACCUGAUCAAGAAGGCGGUUGCAGUGAGGAAGCACUUGGAAAGGAACAGAAAGGACAAGGAUGCCAAGUUCCGUCUGAUUCUCAUCGAGAGCAGGAUUCACAGGCUGGCCCGUUACUACAAGACCAAGAGAGUACUCCCACCCAACUGGAAGUAUGAAUCCUCCACGGCCUCCGCUCUCGUGGCAUAAAUAUCACAUUUUGGACUAAUAAAGAGCUUUGGAAGAAAGUC